CUAAUUGAUGUGAUAAUUUGGUAGUCAAUUGAAUGGCGCUUACAAUGGGCUCACAUUCAAUGACAAACCAUUGGAGCGAUCGAUACAAUGGAAAUAGUGUCCAAAAUCGGCUAAAACUUAUGUAUUUAAUGGUAUGUCUGCGUCCGUAUCAUCGCUUGAUUUCAACAAAACUUCGUUUCGCUUUAUUUCUACUAUUAUUGGCAUUCAUUGUCGUCUAUUCAGUGAAGUUAUUGCAGACAUCAGCAAACAAUAACAAUAUUUCAAUAUCACAUCAUUUUGACGAUACAUUGGAUGAUCUAAAGCAUGAAUUACAAUACGCCGUUAUGGUUGACGCCGGCAGUAGUGGCAGUCGCGUCCAUAUCUAUGUUUGGCCCCCACAUAGUGGUGACACCAGACAAUUGCUUCAAAUACGAAUGCUUCACAACCCGUUAGGCAAAGAUGUUUACACUGCCAUUAAUCCCGGUUUAUCUUCGUGUGCAUCCAAGCCUUCGUCUGCUUCUGAAUAUAUCUCACCUCUUCUAACAUUUGCGGCGAACAAUAUUCCUAAAGAAAAACACAAAACAACACCUCUUUUUAUAUUAGCGACGGCUGGGAUGCGACUCUUGCCAGAAGAGACACAAAAAGCCAUUUUGAAUGACUUAAUAACCGAUAUUCCUAAGAAUUAUAGCUUUUUAUUUCCCGCAAAUCACGCCCAAGUCAUUACUGGUAAGGAAGAAGGAAUCUAUUCAUGGAUUGCCAUCAAUUACCUGAUGGGACGAUUCGACCACACGAUCGAAACCGGACCCAUCUCUCAGAUUGAUAUCAAUAAAAAUCACCUCAAAAGAGCCCAAACCAUAGGUAUGCUAGAAAUGGGCGGCGCCUCCGUUCAGAUUGCAUUUGAAAUUACAUCUGACUCUCAAUACGAAAGUCUUCAAAGUAAACACUCUAAGGAAGAAAUAAAUGAUUUGAUGUCUGAGUUUAAUUUGGGAUGUGAUGAACACGACUUCGAGCAUAACUAUAGAUUAUAUGUGACCACAUAUUUAGGUUUGGGUGCAAAUGUGGUCCGAAAUACAUAUAUAAAUGCAUUAAUAUCAUCCACUAUUAAUACACACGACCACAUCGACAACACAACAUUGGCAACGAAAGAAAUACAAUUAUUUGAUCCGUGCCUUUCACUCGACAGUAUUGAAUAUUAUAACAUUAGCCGACGUUCACGUAAUGUUAACGGUAGUACAUUGUAUGUGCAUAUCCUAAAAGGUAGCGGAGAUUUCAAUGAAUGCACCCAUAGAUUGAAACAUAUAUUAGAUCCCAGUUCUGAAUCAUUACGUCAAUGUUCAUCAAGUUUUAAUACCAGUUGUCCACUGAGACAUCUCUCACAAACCAACGCCCCCUUCGAUAACUCAGAAUUUUAUGGAUUUUCUGAAUUUUGGUAUACAAUGGAAGAUCUAUUAAGACAGGGCGGUGUUUACCAAUUCUCUAAAUUUCGCGAUUCGGCUGCACUUUAUUGUUCAACCAGUUGGUCAGUAACUAUGGAUAGAUUUAAUCGGAAACUUUAUCCAUUAGCUGACAAUAAUAGACUGUUUAAUCAAUGUUUCAAAAGUGCUUGGGUUUCAAGUAUACUACACGACGGCUUCAAAAUGCCUAAAAAUUUUGCAAAAUUCAAGUCGGCCUCAACUGUCAAUCAACAACAGGUUCAGUGGACAUUAGGAGCACUUAUUUAUAGAACCCGUUUCUUCCCUUUGAGAACCAUUGAAAAACAAUAUUCUGGAAUCAAUUACUCCAACAGUUAUACCAUAACAUCAUUUAACUUUAAUUAUGCAUUAUUUAUAUUAUGUAUGUGUGUCGUCGUCUUCUGUAUUGUUAUUUAUUUAAGACAUUUGCACAAAAUGGUCAACAAUUCUAGUAUUUAUUCAAAUAAUAAGUUAGAUUUAAAGCAUUCUAACGGUGAUAGUAAUAAUAGAUCCGAUUUAGUGAUGAUUGAAAUACCAUCAGAUAGAGAACCAUUGAUUGAUUCUUUAGCGUUUAGGUGACAAUAA